AUGGCGAAUGCGAUGGCGGUGAAGGAGCGAGAGGAAGGUGGCCCGAUGGGUUCGAGAGAGACGGGGCUAAGGCUGACAAUGAGAGGUGGAAACUCCGACGGAGUUACCCAGAGGGCCAGAGUUACCGCCGCAUUCUCGAGCGCCACCAGACCGCCAUUAUCAUUAGCAAAACAGCGGGAGAUCCUCGGCGCCGACACUACGUUUCUCGCCGACAAGAUGAUGGGCAAACGGACGCAGUGUUAUCUGUGCGACCUGCCCAGGAUGCCUUGGGCGAUGAUAAUGGACUUCUCGGAGCCGGUUUGUCGCGGCUGCGUGAAUUACGAGGGCGCCGACCGCAUCGACCUAGUCCUCGAGUCGGCCAAGCAGCUGAAGAAAGCGCACGGUUUUCAGGAUGCUCGGCCGUCCGCCUCCAAGACGUAUCGUACUGGUACGGGACACACCGAGCACAACGGCGGUACCAAUCUCGACGUCCUGCCGAUACAGAACACGCCACAGGGUAGUCAUACGCGUCAUCACAACAUCGGCGGUUACUCGCAGUUACACCAUCGUAAUUCCAUCACCGAGUUCACCUCAGGAACAGCGGCGGCGGCCGCCGCCGCCGCCAGGCAGCAGGUCGGUCGUCAACACGGUGACGAGAGCCACGAGAUCGCCAACAGCAUAAGGAACAAUCCACCGCGCUUGUCCAACGCCCAUCUGGCCGCGGUGGCCGCGCAUCAGAUGACCCUGCAUAAUCGCAGCAUUACCCAACUCAAACGCGGCAUCUCCGCGAUCGACGAGGAUGAACACGCUGAGAAACGGUUGUCCUUGGAGGAGCAGCAUCCAGUUAGACCACCGCUGACACGCGGGGACUCUCUACCGGCGGUCAGCUUGGCCGUCAGCUACGUGGACCGGAACAAAGAGAAGCAUCCGGUGAGGGCGCCCAGCUUCGAGACGGCGACUACCUUCAAGGCCAACGGUGAGUUUCCCCUCCGUUUUUGGGUCGCGCCACAACAAUCGAUCGAUGGAGUUGGUGAUUGUAAGUUCGUUCCGAAUUUCGAUUCCGAUUGUAUCAAGGAUGAUUGUCUUGGGGAUUAUUUUUCCCCCUUUACUUCUAUGUGGCCCACUGGGAACUUGGCGACUAAUGAAGCGAAAACAUCGAUUUCGCCGGAUGCGACGUCGAACACGUCGCAUUAUCGCACGAUGGUUUUAUUUGUUUACGAACCUCUGACGAUUGCGUUCAUAUAUAUAAACAGCAUGCAUUUGACGGUAUAUAAUAUACAUUUUUCAGGAGCGUACGUUGGGCCAUCUAUACCAUUGGCACCUGCCAAUGUCGCGGCCAAUGGUGGAGGAUCGCCUCUUCGUCCAAGAACGAGUCCUCCACCACCGCCACCACCGAGUCAGGAAGGCGCCAACGAUAAUUCACAAUCGAAUCAUCAUCAGGGCACAGCGAAUGGUCCAUCGCCAAUGGCCGCUUUAAUGUCAGUCGCUGACAAUCUAACAUCGCCUGAGCCGGUACCACAGCCGCCGAACAAUCCCAGUCCCACCAGCAGAAGUCCACCGACUACAGCCGCGAACGCUCAGCAACGUAGUGCUUCUAGAGGCUCCCAGCACAGUCCGAACAGUUCAGGUUCGUCGGGCAGACGGUCCAGUAGUUCAAGGCAGGUGUCAUCCACGACCGUGACGACAUCCUCGGAGGGCGCAGUUGCUCAACCGACUGCCGGCUCUGAACCGGUCACGGCACCGACCCUCAAGUGUACUCUGUGUCAGGAACGCCUAGAAGACACGCACUUUGUGCAGUGCCCCAGCGUGCCACAUCACAAGUUCUGCUUCCCAUGCAGUCGAGACAGCAUAAAGAGACAAGGUGCCGGCUCAGAGGUUUAUUGUCCGAGCGGCGAGAAAUGCCCGCUGGCGAACAGCCAGGUACCGUGGGCCUUCAUGCAGGGUGAGAUAGCUACCAUCCUAGGCGAGGAUAACGCGGGCACCGGGCUCAAAGUCAAGAAAGAAAGAGAAUCUUAA